UCUGUACGCGCCUACACAGCAUUCAUCGUCAUAGGCUCGACCGCUGUGCUCAUUAGACCUUGCGUAAGUUCUGUUGUCUGACGCCAAUUGCAAAAUGAAGCUGAGUAUGGCUAGUGGCAUUGGUUUCUUUUGUGGCGCGGCCAUUGGUCGAACGACGACCGCGUUUGGUGUUGGUCGGUCCAUUGGACGACAACGAGCACCUACUGCCUAUCGGUUGUUUUCUACUGCGGCAACCGAGGCUCUGGUUCCUGCUGCGGACACGGACUCUUCUAUUUACGUGCAAGAAGCAGAAAGUCUAGAAACGCUCCAGUCCGAGUUUCUGCAAACGAUGCGCGAUCGCGGAUUCCUUCACCAGUGCACCAACAUUCGCGAUCUCGAUGCCAAAUUGUGCGAAGGCCCCCAGGCGGCGUAUUUGGGAUUCGACGCAACUGCGGAUAGUCUACACGUGGGAAGCUUGCUACAGAUUAUGAUCCUACGGCAUUUGCAGCGAUCGGGACAUCGACCGGUGGUACUUAUCGGGGGCGGCACCAGCAAGGUGGGAGAUCCCACCGGUAAGGACGAAUCACGGGUACUGCUCACGGACGAAAUUAUUCAACAAAAUACGGACGGUAUUAGCAAGGUAUUUCAGCAAUUCCUGACUUUUGGGGACGAAAAACCAACCGACGCCAUCAUGGUUAACAACGACGAGUGGCUGUCGGAAAUUAAGUACUUGGAUUUCUUGCGAACCUACGGAACUCACUUCACGAUCAAUCGCAUGCUUAGUUUCGAGUCGGUCAAACAGCGGCUCACUCGUGAAGCGCCUUUUUCGUUUCUGGAAUUCAAUUACAUGAUUUUACAAGCCUACGACUUUUUGGAAUUGUACCGUCGACACAAGACAAUUCUGCAGCUGGGUGGCAGUGAUCAAUGGGGCAACAUGAUUUCGGGUACUGAGCUCGGACGCAAACUGGAAAGUGCUCAGUUAUUUGCCCUGACGGCUCCGCUUAUUACGACCUCGGACGGCAAAAAGAUGGGCAAAACUGCCAACGGCGCGGUUUGGCUGAACGCAGCCCGACUGUCCUCCUACGAUUACUGGCAAUUCUGGCGCAACACGGACGACGCCGACGUGAUUCGUUUCUUGAAGCUGUUUACUGAACUGCCUCUCGACAAAGUUGCCGAAUUGGAAAAGCUACAAGGCGCGGAGAUCAAUCAGGCCAAGAUUGUACUGGCCGACGAGGCUACGGCCUUGUUGCACGGUUCAGACAGUUUAGAGGCAAUUCACAAGACAAUCGAGACCAUGUUUGCCGGCGGUGGCAGUGACACGGAAAGUUUACCGCGCGUCUAUGCGAGUAAGACGGAUCUAGAAACGAAUGGUGUCCGAUUCUUGGACUUGCUGGUCAAGCUGAAGCUGGCGAAUAGUAAAAAGGAAGCCCGACGUUUAAUUCAAGGUGGCGGUGCCCGUUUGGGUGAGACCCCGAUUGCGGACGAGAACGGUGUAUUGAUACUAACAGAUUUUGGCGGUGCCACAGAAGUAACACUGCGCGCGGGAAAGAAACGUGCGGGUGUCGUAGAAAUACAAGACUAAGAUUCUAUAACCCUAACUUGUAGCUC